GAGAAAAAGGAAUGAAGAGAGAGAGAGAGAGAGAGAGAGAGAGAGAGAGAGAGAGAGAGAGAGAGAGAGAGAGAGAGAGAGACAAAAAAAUGGGGAAUAUUUGAGGAAUAACGGAACAUAAUAUUUUUCUUACUCUUCCCCUUCAUAGCGACAUUCCCCUUAGUCAUCCUCCUCCUCCUUCUCCUCCUCCUCCUCUUCCUCCUUCACCGCCUUCGUCAGUUACCAUGAAGAACCUCGUCAGAUUGCCUGCCUUCUACCUGUGUCUCGUCCUUUUCGCUGUGGUCCUCGUGCUGUUUGAGGACCGCCAGGAACAUUCGUGGGACGUGAACAGACUCAGCGGCACCUCCUUCAGACUGCCUAAGAUUCAAAGCAUCAUCAUAUAUAACAAGUCGAAGGUCCACGCGCCACACACCAGCGAAAAUGCCUCCAGAACGCAGCCGCACAGCGAACCCCUUACCACCCUGACGCAAACCACGAAGGAGGCGCAGCAGGGGGAGGUGUCAGGGGGCGAGGCUCAGCUGCUCCCAAUGAAGACGAUACUUGUGUGGACUUACGGGUACGGAGGCAAGACAAUGGGGUUCGGGGAGGGUCAGGCGCCCUUCAAGACAGCUGGCUGCGAGGUGGACUCCUGUUACCUCACCAAGAACAAAACCAUGGUGCCUCUUGAUGCCUUCGAUGCCACCCUCUUCCACUUUCGCUCCCUGAAAGCCGACAACCUCCCCAACAAGAGGUCGCCACAUCAGCGGUGGGUGUUUUGGGAAAUGGAAUCCGCCUCUUACGUGUACCAGGACCCCGGGACUUACAAUCACCUCUUCAACUGGACCAUGACCUACAGAUGGGACUCAGAUGUGCAGCAAAGGUACGGUCGAGUCAUUCCCAUUCCACCCUCUACCUCCUCCACCACCUCCUCCACCUCCCCGUCUGCCUCUCCUCCACCUGGCGGCUUGGAGAGGAACUACGCCAAGGGAAAGACCAAGAUGGCUGCCUGGUUCGUCUCAAACUGCUUCACCAUAUCAAGAAGAGAGAAGCUUGUCAGAUACCUUAAGAAGCAUAUACAGGUGGACAUCUAUGGGAAGUGUGGUAAAUUGAGUUGCCCCAGGGAGAAGACUGAGGAGUGCUAUGAUAUGCUGGGCCAACACUACAAGUUCUAUCUGUCCUUCGAGAACUCCCUGUGCAAAGACUACGUCACGGAAAAGCUCUUCUCAGUCCUCAGGCAUGAUGUGGUCCCCGUGGUGUUGGGGGGCUCCAAUUACACCAGCAUCACCCCCCCGCACUCCAUCAUCAACGUGAAGGACUUCCCCAGCAUCACGGCCCUCAUCAACCACCUCAAGUACCUCGACGGGAACGACACGGCCUACAACGAGUACUUUUGGUGGAAGAAACAGUACCAGGUGGUGGACGGGUGGAGAGGCGGAGCACAAGGCUUCUGUGACCUGUGUAAGAAGCUUCACGAGGAUCAGACGCCCAAGGUUUAUUCGGACAUUCGAGACUGGUUCGUGGGACAAGGCGAGUGUUUGAGACUCAACCUCCGCGUCGCUAGUUAACCGCUUCCUGUGUUCUCCGCUCCUCAGUAUAGCGUUUCCUUAUCGUAUCUAAGAGUUUUUUUGUUUAUAGAUAUCUUGGAGGGAAACAGACUAUGAGGAACAAAAAGUGAUUAAAAAAAGAACAAAAAAAAAAAAACCCACCACUGAGGCUCGUAUGCUCAAACACUUCUGCUUCACCUCCACUAUUUCAAGAGGGUGUCUUUAAAUGUACACGAAUAUUUUUUAAGGUGUUUUUACGGUUCUAGAGGAAGACUGACAAGAUUUUUACGUUAUCAACUGGAGGAACACUCUUGAAAACACCGGUAAUCACCACUGUAGCCUUGGAAAAUAGUCGUGGUGAGAGAGCAAACCGUUUCUAAAUAUGGAUUGAGUACCUACUGACCUAUUCCUGCACUACGAUAUCGCUCCAUUACCGUUCCCCUCCCCUCUCCCUAUUUUCCCUACACACUCCCUUUCUACACACCGUCAAUUUCUGGUGUGUCCGUUUGUACGUGUUUUUACUCACAACUCGAGCACCUCUACAGUUUAUAAAGAAUGUCUUGUUUUUCUACAGUAUCAGCGGGUAUAUCUUUGCUGUAGUGCCUAUAUUUCUACAGCCCAGUGCCUAGACAUUCAUUUCUACACCAGAUCUACAGCACGGUAUCAGCAGCGUCUCUACAGUGAAGUAUAUCUUAUCUCUACAGUAUUGACAGUCGUCGUAUCUCCUACAGCAGUUCCUAUCACUACAAUACACUAUCCACACCUCCUGUAUUGCCAUGUAUAUGUACGUUAUCUCUACAGCAUCAGCAGCCGACAGUGAAACAGUGGCUAGUAUUCUCAAACACUUCUGGGCUUCACUAUUUCAAAGGAUUUUAUUUCAAUUCACACGAGUUUUUAAAGGUGAUUUUUUAUGGUUCUAAAGGCAGAUUGACAAGAUUUCUACAUUUAUAACUAGAGAAACAGUCUUGAAAAACCUGCUAGUCAUCUCUGUGGCCUUGAGCAAAGCGUUUCUGAAUACGGACGAGUGUGAUAAGCGCGGCAAGUCAGCAGGAUGAAGCACAUGGAGGUGGAGAGAAGUGGCUAUGGCUGAUGCUACGACUGUCACGCAAUCUGUUACCGCUUUCCAGUGUGAUGAUAUUGUGAUCUUAAUACUUAUGUUAAACUAGAAGCGCUGGAGUGAAAAAUAAAUAACGCUUCCAGUACAAUAAAUAAGUAGAUAAGAAAA